UGGCCUCCCUAGGGCCCUCACGGCGGCGGGAGGUGUCCGGACGUCCCCCGCGGGCGGCCCCUCCGCCUCUCCCGGCGGCCUCCUCCCGCCCGGCACGGUGGGGAGGCCCCGGGCCAGGCUGGUGCGGAGCAGCGCCGGCGGCCAGACAAUAAGGUUUCCCUGGCCGCCGCCGGCGGGGCCCUGGGGGCCGGCAGCGGCGCGGGGCCUGGCCUGGCGGUGUCCGGGCUGGGAGUGACUCAGGGGUUUGCGAGCAGCGGCCCGGCCCCGCCGCUUGGCUGCGCACCCCCGCCCGCCGGCGCUGCUCCUCAGCCCGGCAGCCUCCGGGUCUUUUGUGUUCCGGUGUCCUCGGCGGAGGAGGCGGGGGGACAAUUAAGACGUACCGCGCUGCGGGCGCUUGGCAGCGGCUCCCCUUUUGUCUGACUCACCCGGCCGGGUUUCACCCUCCUCGGGAAGCGCCCGGUGUCGGUCCGCCUUCUCCGUAUCGACCCCUCCGCCCCGCUGCCCCCGAGCGCGGCCGUGCAGGGGCGAGCGCCCCGAGCAGCCUCGGUGAACCCCCCUUCUGUUUUGUUUCUGUGUGUCUCUUGUUUAAUUGUGGUCCCUCUUCGAGAGGAGGAUGUUGAAGUAAAUAAGUAUUUAGGUCAGCAAGCCCAUCGCUGACGCAGUUCCCGGGUUUUAUGGUUGAUUUCGGUGCAUAUUGGAGCCUUUAUUUCCGUCGUUACGCUAAAAUGUGGAAACGCCCGGCGGGAGCGGCGGGGCCUGCGGCAGGGAGCCGGGCUGUGCCCGCUGCUGCCGGGAUGGCCCGGCCGUCGCCUCGGGGGCGGCUUAGGUGCGCGGCCUGGGUCGCUGACGGGAUUGACGUUCCCCUCAGAGUUUGGCUGGUAACCGCGAGGAUGAGCGGCGUGAAUUGCUGUUGGGAGUUAACACGUUGAAUAAAAGGUCUCCUGUUUGUGUCGGGGGGUCCCAAGGCUAAGCUGGAGCAUCCCUGACGUUAAGACCUCCCCUGAUGGUGGUAGAACAAGACCUUUUUUUAAUUGUCUUUUUUUUUUUUCUGCCCCCGAAGGGGAACAGCUGGGUUUAACCACCCACCCUCAAGGUCGCGGGGCGCACUUGAGAAGCGGUGGCCGCCCGCUAGGCCCCCGAUCACACCCAGCCGUCCUCCGUGCGCGCCGCGAACUGGCGGCGAAAAUGGCUGUUGGGAGAUGACGGGUUGGUGAUGCUGCAUUUUCUGGAUUGAGUUUCAGCAUCCGCACUCCCCGCUCCCCCCUGGAAGGAACGGAUAAUCGGAUUUCGCCGCCGCCUCCUCCCGCCGCAGGCGUGCCGGGGCCCGGUGGAUCGCGCAGGAGCCGGCAGCCUGCGGUAGAUAUAAAUAGGAGCUGAUUUCAGAGGGCCGGUGGCGGCGGCGGAGCGCCCCGGCCCCCUGCGCCCGUCACGUCGCAGCCGUCUGACAGGCGGAAGCGCAAGCCCUUGCCCAUGUGACGGGCGGGCCCGGCCGGCGGCGGGCAGCCGCUUCUCUGGGGAAGCGGGACCGAGCUGCAUCGAGAUGACUCAGGAGACAAACCAGACCCCAGGGCCCAUGCUUUGUAGUACAGGAUGUGGAUUUUAUGGAAAUCCUAGGACAAAUGGGAUGUGUUCUGUUUGCUACAAAGAGCAUCUUCAGCGACAGCAGAAUAGUGGUAGAAUCAGCCCAAUGGAUUCUUGUUAUAUAGGAACAGCCAGUGGUUCAAACAGUCCUACCUCAGACUCUGCAUCUGUACAGAGAGCAGACACUAACUUAAACAACUGUGAAGGUGCUGCUGGCAGCACAUCUGAAAAAUCAAGAAAUGUGCCUGUUGCCGCUUUGCCUGUAACACAGCAAAUGACAGAAAUGAGCAUUUCAAGAGACGAAAAAGUAACGCCGAAAAAAGAGGCUGAGCCAGUUGUUACUCAACCAAGCCCAUCGGUUUCUCAGCCUAGUACUUCACAGAGUGAAGAGAGAGCUCCUGAACUGCCCAAACCAAAGAAGAACAGAUGUUUCAUGUGCAGAAAGAAGGUUGGCCUUACAGGAUUUGACUGCCGAUGUGGAAACUUAUUUUGUGGACUUCACCGUUACUCUGACAAGCAUAACUGCCCUUACGAUUACAAAGCAGAAGCUGCAGCAAAAAUCAGGAAAGAGAAUCCAGUUGUGGUGGCUGAAAAAAUCCAGAGAAUAUAAAUUAAGCUGCUUGCAAAAAGACUGACUGACUUUUUGUUUUGUUUUUAAUAUAACAUAGGAAAACAUGAAAGAGCAGGUGCAUGGCCAUUUUCCUUUGUUCUCCAAAGUUUUACUUUUAGUCUUGUCUGUCUUAAUGAUAUUUCAGAAAGUUUGAGUGUUUGUUACAGGCAGGAUUGGAUUGAUACAGCCCUUGAAAAUAUAUAUGCCCUCCCCAGAAUAUAAUUGGAUGAUCAGAAACCUGCACAGGAAUGCAUAUGCACAAAGGAGAGACUUUCUAGUUCACAUGUGCCAAACAGAUGUAUGCUAUCUGCAUGUUUGCAGCAGAUCUGCCUUUUGAAAAGUGUUUGAGGUAUAUAAUCUUCGGCUAGUGUUACGUGCCUGUUAUGGAGAAGGAUACAUCAAAAAUGUUGGCAGUCUACUUUUAUCACUUAAAAUCUCAUUCUAAGUUUAGUUUCCACACUCCCAUUGUUUUCCAGCAGAAUGUAAGCUAUGUAGAAAGGUCCACCAUCCCAGUAAGAUGAGUGUUGGUGCCGUAUUUAGGAAAGUCACUUACCAGUUGCAUUGAGGAACAGGAAAAAAUCAGAUACGUAUGAGAACAACACUGCUUCAGAAACAAUUACAUUAACUUUAAAAUAAUGAAAAUAGGUUCCCAAAGGAAAUGUCCUGCUAGGAACUUAUGAACUGGCCUGCAACAGAGUUGUCUGCUUUUCCUUGCAUAGCUAAAAAUGUUGUGUAGCACAAUACUGUACGAUUGGUUUACAGAAAAAGUUAACAUUUGUUUUCAUACAUACCACAGCAGCUCUAUCAAGCAACAUGUCUGAAUAAGUUGCUGAAGUAUUAGAGCAGUUUAUUAUUCAUACACUACUUAUGUUCUAUGUGUUCUGAGUUCAAAAAGAAUAUUAGGAGUUAAUUUUUUCUAAUUUUAAAUGUAACAGUUUCACCGUUCUGCAUGGAAAACCAUACCCAACGUGGCUACUAUAGACUUAAGUGGUAGCUGGAACCACUCUUGGAGGGCUGCUUUAUCAUUUUUAAUUGUACUUGGGUGUAGGACUGUAGUGUUCUUGGGUGUAUUGCAUGGGCUGCAUUAUCUACAGCAUUGUACAAUAACAACUCUAGAAAAGGCAGUAUACUUCACUGAUGCUUGUCUGGUAAUAUCACUUCUGUGUUAUAAUGGAAGGGGUUUUUGUGAUGUAUGAAACUUGUGUUUUUUUAUAUAAAACAAGUACAGUUUAGACUAGUGUUGUGGUAAUGCCUGUUCUCAUCUGUAAAUAGUUACGUAUGUACACAAGGCGCUACUCCUGACCUUUCGAUUUUUAUUGCAGUGUUCAGUCUUAGUUUUUACUUCACUAUUAAAAGCAUCAGGUUUUUGCUUCUAACUUUGUUCUCCUGAGUUAUUAGAUAUGCAAACAUGUACAGAUAGUUCAUAUUUAUGUAUUGCACAUAAUCAUGCUACCCAGCAUCUAUGCUAUAUUGUAUUAUGUAAAUAAUAAAAAUCAUGUACAGAAGGAAA